AAGGAAAAAAAAAAACCAAAACAAAAAAUGAUGACGCAAAUACGCAGUUUAAAUUAGCUUGCGCAGCAGAAUAACAAAAUAAAGAAAUAAAUCCAACAAAAUUUUACUGCAUAAAUUUUGCAACAAAUGCAAUUUGUGAACAUCAAAUGUAAAUAGUAUAUUACAAGCAGCUUAAUUGUUGUCGACUUGAAUAAACGCGUCGUUAUGUCUACAAUUGCGGCUAAUCAGCCAAUUAAUCGUUAUCGUCAUCGUCAUCAUCAUCGGCAUCGUUAUCGUUUGUGCCUAAUUGUCUUGACAGCAGCUUUAUGGCUGGACACUUGGGCAGCACUGGCCUCUGCCGCCGUCAACGCCAACGCCAACGCCAACGCCAACGCCGUUCACAUUGAGCUGCGGCGCAGGCGCAGCGUUCGCUUCAAUGGCAUUGAGCUGGACGAGAACGCGCUGCUCGAGCAGCUGGCGGGCCAUGAACGCACUCUGCUCUUUGGCACCACGUCAGUGCCUGAGUUCAAAUUGGUGCAGCUGGAGCGGCGCAAUGUGCACCAGGAGCAACAGCAGCAACAGCAGCCACAGCAUUCGCGUAGGCGUCGCAGUGCGGCCGAAGCCGGCACUGUGGAAGCUGAACUGAAGCUGCGCCAGACGCCGCAACUGUUUGACGAUAAUUUCAUCUUUAUACGCCGCAACGCGAACAGCACACAGUUUGUGGAGCAUUCGCCGCAGCUGCUGCAGCGCCUCGAGCGCUGCUUCUACCGCAGUCCAUGGGCGGCCCUCGAUCUGUGCGACGAGGAGAGCGUGCGUGGCGUCUUUCAGCAGAAUGCCAGCAAUUUUGUCAUCCAACCGCUGCCGGCGCGAUUUGGAGCGUCAGCCCAUGUGCUCUACCAGGCGCGCUUAGAUAAGAGCGACAACGGCGGCGCCGAGAGUCGGGCCAUACCGUUAGACAGUCAGCUGCAGUUCGAGCCCGAUGCAGAUGAAUUCAACGAACCGCAACAGCCAACACAGCCGCAGCAACGCCAGCAGCUGCGUCGCAAAUUGCAAUCACAGCUGCGACUGCGCUAUCAGCCGCGUCAUCAUCAUCAUCGCCAACAACAUCAUCAUCAUCAUCAGCAGCAGCAGCAGCAGCAGCUUCAUCAUCAUCAUCAUCAUUAUGGCACUGGCAUUGCCAGCAACUCUUCCAGCACGCCUCGCCUACGCCGGCACAUCGAUGAGCCGUCGCGUCGCCCCUACGUGCCCGACGAGCUGUACAUCGAGACGGCGAUCUUUGUGGACAGCGACCUGUACAGGCACAUGGGCAAGAACUAUCCCACGAACACGGAGAACGAGCUGAUGCGCUUCGUGCUCGCCAUGAUCAAUGGCGUCCAGCUGCUCUAUCACCAUGACACGCUGGGCCGGCGCAUCAACUUUGUGCUCAAGCGCCUGGAGAUCCUGCCCAAGGAUACGCCGGGUCUGUACCGUUCCAGCGACAUUGACAACUAUCUGAGCAACUUUUGCCUCUGGCAGCGGAAUCUGAAUCCGCCCCUGGAUGCCGACAUUCUGCACUACGAUCAUGCUGUCAUUCUCACCGGCCUGGAUCUCCAUGUCACCGGCAAGAAUGGCAAGGUGACCAGCCAGGUGGUGGGCCUGGCGCCCGUGGCCGGCAUGUGCACGCCCACCUCCUCCUGCACCAUCAACGAGGGCAAGCACUUCGAGAGCGUCUUUGUGGUCGCCCAUGAGAUCGGACACAACUUGGGCAUGCGUCACGAUUCCAAGGAGAACAAUUGCGAUCCCAGCCUGCACAUCAUGUCGCCCACUUUGGGCAGCGGCAAGAUAACCUGGUCGAAGUGCUCCCGCGGCUAUCUGGAGGAUUUCCUAGCUCUCAAGCAGGCGGAAUGCCUGUUCGAUAGAGGGCACUUCAUUGGCAAGUGGGAUCACUCGGCGAAGGGCAAGUUGCCCGGGGAGCGCUUCGAUGCCAAUCAGCAGUGCAUGCUCAAAUUCGGGCGCAACUCGGUGCAUGCGAGCAGCCAGAGCAAGUCGGAGAUUUGUCGCGAUCUGCACUGCCAGCGGGAGAGACUGACCUGGACCUCGCAUCCAGCACUGGAGGGCACCGAGUGUGGACCCGGCAUGUGGUGUCGCGGUGGCUCCUGUGAGCCGCGCCCCAACAAGUACCCCAUCGGCUCCAUGAAGCAGCUCAGCGGCGGCGGCUUGGUGAAGCCCAGCUACGAGAAGCACAGCGCCAUCUAUGCCGAGUCCUCGAGCCGAAUGGAGCAGCUGCAGCAGCCGUACAAGGCCAGUGGCAACGAGCUGCCCGGCGUCCUGAGCACCUGGAGCGAUUGGGGCGAGGCGAGUGCCUGUGACUCCAGCUGCCUGUACGGUCCAUCGAAUCGUUUGCGCGAGGGCAGCACCGGCCUGCGCACCUACAAUCGCAGCUGCCUGAGCUACCCCAAGCGCUGCGAGGGCUGGGAUCGCAAGUUCGAGGCGUGCAUAGCCAAGCAGUGCUAUGUGGUGCCGGUGCACACCAUCGGCGACUUUGCCACCAAUGUGUGCAACAAGGCGCGCAAGUCCGACAGCGAGCUGACGGGCGAGGGGCUGCAGCUGGUUGGCUCCAUCGAGGAUUCCUGUAAGAUUUUCUGCCGCACCAAGAGCAACGGCACCAAGUCGCGUCGCUGGACCUUUCCGGACGGGACGACAUGCCGUGCUCAGGAUCACGGCCCGGAGCACAUUGCCUACUGCAUUGCCGGACGCUGUGAGAAGUUCUCGUGCAGCAAUGCCACGGACAAUUUCUUCAAAAUGGAUAACACGUUCUGUGCAUAUCGGGCGCCACGCCCACAGCGCGACUCCACGGAGCUGGAGAGCAAACAGCAGUCGAGCUAUACGAAUAACAUUAGCUACAAACGGAAUGCAGAGCGCGUGGAGCCCUACAGGAAUCGCUAUGAAAAUGAGGUAGCUGUGCGCAGUUUCCACGGACAGGACAAUCAUUUAGUGCCACAGCCAAAGCCGUACAAGCACAAGGUCUCAUCCUCACCGUACUCCUCCUCCUCCUCUUCGUCCUACUCGAAUGACUACAAAUACAACUACCAUGUGCAUGAUCCAUUUGGCAAGGCGGCGCCGCCUCCCCCCUCUGCCUCGCUCGUUGUCGAAUCGGACUUGGCGUCGGAGUGGCAGGUGGAGUCCGGCUGUCACUCCAAUUGCAUGACAGAGUCAAUGGGCGUGCAGGCAGUUAGGUCACGGCGCACGGGCCAGCGCAAUAUACAGUUAUGCACGCACAAGGUGAAGCCAUGCGAACGACUGCAAACCCCAGCGGAAUAUGCGGAGCAAACGUGCGCCCGCUACAAGCUGAAGGUGCGCGGCCUAUCCGGCCACGGCUCCCAGAUCUCGGCCAGCAUCACCGAACCGGAUCGCAGCUGUCGCGUGGGCUGCCAGGAUGAGCACAUCAAGUAUCGCUAUUAUCUGGUCAACGGCAUCCACGGCCACUUUCCCAUCGGCACACGCUGCUCCCAGGUGGGCAGGCGCUACUGCGUGGACGGCAAGUGCCUGGAGUUCGGUGCGGAUAAACUGCUGCUGCAGCAGUCGCACAUCAGCCUGGCGCUCUUCCGGAGCAAGCGCGAGGCCCUGAGGCGAACAAAGCGCAGCUUCCUCUACUACGAUCCGGUCAACAUUACGGAAACGAUCACCCAGGACUUUCUAAACAGCAUUGUCAACAGUAUUAUAGAUUUGGAAAGGCAACAUCUGGACGUUUCCUCGGACCACAUCGAAUUAUCCAAUCCUAUACACGUCUCUGCGGACGAAUUAAGCAACAAAUAAAUAUAAGUGGUUUCUUUUUGUAUUGUACAUCUCUCUCGCCCUAUAUACAUACAUAUA